AUGUUCAAGAAAGACCUCCAACCCGGGACGAAAUCCAAGCUCAAGUCCUCGGUCCAGCGAUCCCUCCGAGCCGCCCUCUUGUCCACCUACCCACUCCUCACACCAUACAUCGACGAUGUCCUCCCGAAAAAGGGCUCGCUCGAGUCCAUGAAGCUACCCGACCGCAACACGCUGUACAUUCUGGACGGCUCGACGCCGCUCUUCUACCAGCAAGAUGGCCCCGGGGGCCCCGUCAUCCCGCACCUGCGACUCGUGCACCGGUACCCGCAGUGCUUCCCGACGAUACGCAUAGACCGCGGCGCGAUUCGGUUCGUACUCAGCGGCGCGACGCUCAUGGCGCCUGGACUGACGUCCAAGGGGGGCCGAUUGCCUGCCGACGACGCGGAUCCCGAGGAUCUGCCCGAGGGCGAGGAGAUGGAGCAGGAGGGGGACGAGGAAGGGCGGUGGAGUCGCGAGCUGAAGCAAGGCGAGCCGGUGGUCAUCAUGGCCGAGGGCAAGACGGAAGCGUGCGCCGUGGGUACGCUGGCCGUCGGGACAAAGGAGGUCAAGGCCAAGGGGAAGGGUCCUGUGGUGGAGGACGCGCACUUUCUCGGCGAUGGGCUGUGGAGGAUUGCUGUGGAUUGA